AUGCGUCUGCUUCAACUCUCUCUUAAGCUAAGCACCGUGUCAGAAGACCAAUGUGCUAUCAAAUAUCAUAUGCAACACCUACGCCGAUAUAUGGAAGCACACCGCCAGAGAUGGGAUGGUAUCGAUCGUGUGCUUAGCAAGCUCAAUGCACUUGGGCCUCCGAAUGUCAGCGGAACGGACUCCCCAGCACCAGCUAUGAAACCGAGUUGGGAUCUAGCCAGCAUGUCUCAUGGCGUCACGCACCGUCUCUUUCGAAAGUACUUGACAUCUUACUUGAGGCUUGGCACUGCUUACAACCUGUGCAUUUCUAACAGCACAGCGACAUAUCCUCAGGAUUUGCCACCUAUAUUGAGGAGCGACCAUUGCGAUUCUACACCAACGACCGAAAUGCUGGUAGCUGGCGAUGCGAGCGAGCGAUUCGAGCCAGGAGAUGAGUUCACCAGUUACGAUCACGACGGUGAACAGCACGGCGAAUGGCGAUGGGACAGAUUGUUCUUUCACGAUGCAUUGCUCGGUGAUCUGGACGAUUCCCUGGGUACCUACGCGACUUGGUGA